GAGGGGGGCCGAAGACCAGGUCUCCUGGAGAAACGCCCCCAUCUUUCUGUUCUCCCGGGACCCCUUUGGGGUGAGGAAGGGCCCCUCCUUCAGAGAGGAGAAACCCCCACCCACCCCGGGCUCUGCUCUUGCUGCUGAUCUCCCCCGUGGCUGUAUCCCGGGGUCCUUCCCGCAGGUGCAGGAUGCUGGGCUGGGUCGAGCGAGUGGUGCCCCAGCCUCCGGCCAGCUCCCCCAUCCACAAGAUCAUGCAGGAAGGCACCCAGGCCACCCCAGACGCCAGGGCGGCCUUGGCCGGACAGGGUCCAAAAAGGUAGAGGUCAUGGAGUCCCACGAUGCAGUAUCAACAACAGAAAGCGUGGGUCAGGGCGUCCUCGUCUGGCUGUCUCAGGGUCUGGGGAAGGUGGUCCCCCAGCCGGCACACAACGCCCCCAUCGCCCCCGUCGCCCCCCUCGCACUGCAGGCAGGCGGCAAGAGCUUCGAGGCCAGCUUCGACAUCCCGGACGUGACAGAACUCCAGAGUAUAAAAUUGGACGACGAUGACUUGGAGGUCACGGUGCUGGAGCCUGACGAAGAGGACCUGAGUGAACUGCAGUCCAGCUCGGAUAAUAAUGCUCCAGAUAAAACGGGUAGUAAACAAAUGUUAUCGUGGCUGAAAGAUGGAUUUGGAAAAAUGCUUCCUAAGCCAGAGAACUUGAAACGGAUGGAGGAAGAGGCGUCGGAGCAGAUUGCGGAGAUGGAGAAUAAACCAAGGACGUCAUAUAAGGUGAAUUUCCUGCCCAGCCCUCCCAGCGACCCCGGAUUGAAACCCUGCGACUCUGCUGUCAGCCUGUCCAGCCUCAGCAUCUCCCUUUUCCCCCGAACGCUUGGCGGUGACGGUGGCAGCCUCUUCGAGUGGUUUGUUCAUGGACUGGAGAAAGUCAUGCCACAACCUGUGACCCCAACAAAGCAGGCCCGGAUGACUACACAAGCUACGGACAUGGGCCCCGGACAAGAAAGGUGCAAAGGGGCUUAAGUAUCUCUGAGACAAAGAGACAUUGAAGACCUUGGUGGCCUCUUUUUACAAACCCAGUCAUCCUACACUGAGGGUGCAUGUCUAAACAGGAAGAAAAGGAUUUGCACUUUUGUUUGGUUUAUUGAUUGAUUGAUUGCCAGAGGAA